AUGGUUUCUGGUGGAGCAAUGUUAUCAUAUGAAGGAGCUAACGUCGAUCCUCCAAGCAGCGGUCCUCCCAAAGCUACAACUCAAGCGAGUGGCGAUGGCCCCGGCGAACACUCAGUCGAUCCUCCAAGCAGCGGUCCUCCCAAAGCUACAACUCAAGCGAGUGGCGAUGGCCCCGGCGAACACUCAGGUGAUCUCCUCUCUUGA